GUGGACGUCACUCAAAACUGAAAUGGCAUUUUGAAUCACAAUCAAACCAUUCAGAUUCAGUCGUUGUGUUCAGUCCUCAAUUCAAAUUCAGUGUGCGAUAACCCAAUAUGACCAGUAAAGAGGUGGUCCAACCUGAAAACCUGGUAGGAGAUGCUGAAGAAACACUGAAGAUCUUGUCCCCAAUAGACCUUUACACGCACAAAGCUGAAAUCAUCCUGAACGAACCCUUCCAAUUCGUCGGUUUCAACAGGGAGUUUUUCCCCGAAAUAGUGAACAAUGGAUACACAAUUCAGGUGAACGCCAGAGGUGACUUGAGGCCCAGGGUCAUAGGAGGUGGUUUGCGUUAUCCAGAGUAUACCGUGCAUAACGUCCAUUUCCACUGGGAUUCUGAGCAUACCAUAAAUGGAGUCAGGUUCAUGCUGGAGUGUCACAUACAGCUGAUAGCGAGCGACUUCAAAACGUUCAAGGAAGCGGCAGAAAAGAAGGGCCUGGCAAUUUUGGCGUCCGUUUGGAGGUUUUCAGAGGUCGAAAACCCCUCCAUCAACACCGUACUAGCAUCGCACGAUGCCAUAUCGAAGAAUCCGAAAAUUCCCUGUUUGGCAGAACUCCCCAUCGUCAUAUCCCAACUGAUCCCAGAGAACACCCAGAACUACUUCCGGUACGAAGGAUCCAUCACUUUUCCACCAUUCUACAAAAACACCUACACGGUGUUCGCUGACAGGGCACAUUUGACCAGAAAGCAGCUUUUCUUCCUAAGCGAUAUCUACAACGAAGUUGGGGAUCCUGUUGUUUACAACAACCUACCAACGAUAAGAUCUAAGGGAUCUCCUAAGGUUUAUUUCAAUGGUGACAAGAACUCAUGUAAAUGCUUGAAAUUCCCAUGAAAAUGUGACAAGAAAUGACCACAAGCAAUAAAUUUUACCUAGUUUCCUA